AUACAGCCUGUAUAUGGACUCAUUUCAAACUUUUUGUUUUAUAAAGUUUUAAAUUAUCCAAAAAAAGUUUCUAUCACUAUCAAAGACCUCUAAUUAAAAAUUCCUUAAAUGGUUUUUAAAAUUGGGUUUUGAUUUGAAGCAAAGUGUUGUGAGAAGAACGACACGAGCAAGCCGGAAGAAAUUUUGUGAAUUGAGAGUUGAAGAUGAGCAUGGAUUUCUCCGAGUCUACGAAAGUUGUAUAUAAUCGAAUUCAGAAACUAGAGUCAGAACAUGUGAGUAAGAUCAUUGGUUAUCUCCUCUAUCGUGAUCAUGGUGAGCAGGACAUGAUUAGAUUAGCGUUUUGUCCCGACAAUGUGAUCCAUUCGCUUAUUAACAAAGCUAAGAAUUCUCUUGGAUUAUCACCCAAACCAGCCAUUUCUGGUCCUCUUUCACCCCCCUUGAAAUUUGGUCUAUUCUCAUCAGCUUCACCUCACCCCUUUACGAACCAUCAAGUUGGAAAUCCGUACUUGGAGCAUCAAGGACCAGCUGAAAAUCGUCCAAUUCAUAACUUGGAUCUUUUGCCAGUGGGUUGCUCCAAUCCUAUGACUGAUGAACAUCAACUCCAAAAUCAACUUCAGUUCUUAUCUUUGGAUGAUCACUCAGACCACAAUUUCGUUGGACGUACAUUUGGUCCAAGAUCAUGUCGAAGAUCUUCAAGCUUGCCUGAGAUUCCUGUUAAGAUUUGUCAUUACUUUAACAAAGGGUAUUGUAAGCAUGGAAAUAACUGUAGAUACGUUCAUGGAUAUCCAACUCCGGAAAGCUUCUCCCAAGUUUUCAACGGAAAUUUAAAUGAUGUAGUUACUGAUGAACAUGUUAUCUCCCCUGGAUCUCUAGAGAAACUAGAGAUGGAGCUCACUCAGCUUCUCAAAUCCAAAGAGGGUGACCCUGUUUCUAUUGCUUCGUUGCCUAUGUUGUAUCAUGAGAUGUUUGGCAGAACACUUCAGGCCGAGGGUUAUCUCACAGAAAGUCAGAGACACGGGAAAGCUGGAUAUAGCCUGACUAAACUCCUCGCCCGACUAAGAAACAGCAUUCGUGUCAUAGACAGGCCCCAUGGACAGCAUGCCGUUAUUUUGGCUAAGGAUAUUCACAAAUACUUGGAAUGCAGUGGAGAAAGAAAUGAACAUGGAGCAAUUGUAGCUGAUUCUCGCCAGAUUUAUCUGACUUUUCCGGCUGAGAGUACCUUCAGCGAGCAAGAUGUUUCCAACUAUUUCAGUCAUUUUGGACCAGUCCAAGAUGUUAGGAUUCCUUGUCAACAGAAGAGAAUGUUUGGAUUUGUAACUUUUGCUUACACAGAGACAGUUAAGCAGAUCUUGUCAAGGGGGAAUCCUCAUUUAGUCUGCGAUGCACGUGUUUUGGUGAAACCCUACAGGGAAAAGUCCAAGUUUGUAGAUAGAAAAUGCCCGGAGAAAGCUUAUCAAGCUUCCUGUUAUAAUCAUUUCUCUAAUGCAGAAUCUGAGCACCAAUCUUUACAUAGGAGGGCAAUUGAGUUUGAGAAGAGACGUUUUCAGGAGUUGCAACAUCAUCAAAUGCGUGUUGGCUACUCAGUAGAGGAUUUGAAGCUCGCUUCAGAAGGGAAUAGCGAACAACUAGAGUUCCCAUCGACUGAGGGUUUUUCUUACGUGCUAGAUGUAUGGAACAAUGGUUCCACCAGCAACAACAAAACUAGGCAUGUUAAGACGAAUCACUAUGACCAAGAAAGUGGUCGAGGAUUGAAUCUUCCUGAUAGCCCUUUUGCAUCUCCAACAAGGAAUAGCAUUUGAACGGUCACUUGGUAGGUUCAGAAGCACAAAUAUUACAAAGAGGACUGACUUUUUUGGAAUAGCGAUUCGGACGUUCGACACACAAAGUACUUCUCUUCCUUCAUAUUUUCCAUAAAAACAGUAGUAAUUAAUAUAUUUGUUCAGCUACCUGCAAAUACAUCUGAUCUAGCAGAAAGUGCAACAAGGUAUUAUUAUUUUUCUUUUCUCUUAGGUGCAUAAGAAAUUGAUAUAGAAAAAACAUCAGAAAAUGUAAUUAUGGUAUCUUUUAAAGUUUGAUGGAUAGGUGCAGAUCUAGCAGAGUUAGAUGAGCUCUCAGCUUACUAAGCAGAAAUGUUAAUGUUGCUAACAAUAAAGUU